AUGGUAUAUCCUCGUUAUACAGCCUCCGAUUGGAAUUUAUCGAAUAAAACCGCUUACAACGUAUCAGCAAAGGAGUGUUCAACGGCAGAGAGAUUGCGAAGCGAUGCUUGGAGAACGGUCAAGGAUAUUGAUGUUCGCACCAGAAACAGACAGAAAGACGCUACAAGGAAAUUAUUUGAACGUGUGGCUGAUAUUUCCUUAAUGAGAGAGGAACUUUCUGACGAGAUUAAUCACAUGCAUAUGGAGAUCGACAAUUUGAAGGAAUAUAAGAGAAUUCUUGAACGUGCUUUAGAAGAUUCUUCCAAACCUCUCCACAUUGGUCAGGAAUGCCUGAUGCACCGCGAAAAACGCUACGGAAUUGAUAUGGUCCACGACGAUGUUGAAAAAUCUUUGAUCCGAGAAGUCGAAAUCAUCAACAGAUCGGCCGAUAAAAUGCGCCAAACCAUUUCAGCAGCGAACGCACAAUUAAAGAUGAACCGUGCUGCUCUACAUUCUCUUGAUAUCGAUAUGAAAGAUAAAGAGCAUGCGCAGAGCAUUGAUGACCGAAUGCAUCAUUUAAGAAACUCAUCGGCCGGUAUCGGUUACUACCCAGGAAUUGAACACGCCUCUAACACCAUGAGUAUCCCAGACUCGUGGACUCGCUUUACGCAACAUAACCUACUCCGUUCCCAGAAAGAACGUGCAAAUUCUGAGCGGCUGCGAGGAGAAAUCGAUGCAUGUCUGCGACAAUGUGCCAACGCCAUGUGGUGCCAAUUUAACACCGUCAACAAUUCUUUCAACGCUCGUAUUCGCGAAACUACAGACACACGUAACAAAAUGCAAGCUCAUCUUCAAAAGAUAUUACAGGAGAUUUUCGAUACGGAGAAGUCCAUUGAUUUACUUCGUAAGGCAAUUCACAAAAAAGAAGGACCAAUGAAAGUGGCACAAACCCGACUUGAAGAAAGGAACCAUCGAGUUAAUGUUGAACUUUGUAAUGAUCCAGCUAUGAAAACUCUUCAACGAGAAGUGACAGAAAUACGAGAAUCAGUUAAAGUUUUACACGACAAGCUACGAAAUGCAGAAGCUGCUUUAGCUCGCCUGGUGAAGACAAGGAGUACGCUUGAAAAUGACAUCAAUGUGAAAGAAAAUAGCCUGCAAGUUGACAGCAAGCUUUGUAUGGGUAUGCGCAAAAGCUUUCCGAUGGAGCCAAACAUAGGACCAAUAUUUCAAAUGCCACUAGAUAUUUGAAUGCUGUUCCUAUGUACGAGAUAUGUCUAUAAUUUCAAAAACUGUUUUCAUGUUUUACAGCGACUUUCUUUUUCAAUGAAUUGAAAAUGCAGAAUUUAAAAAAAAAAUUGCUAGGUCAAGUUUCAAAAACAGGUCUUUUUUUAAAAUUAUGUAUUGAAUAUUUUCUAAAAAUUAUCUUAUUUUUAUCUCAGAAACUUGGACAUUUAAUUAGCCCUUUAGCACUUAAACCAGCCAUAACAGACCAAAAUAUUUUACCUACUUUUAUGUUCAAACUAGCUAGAUCCAACCUAUCACUCCUACCCUACAAUGUCAUUCUAAAAAUAAGCAAUCACCUCAUU